AUGGAAUUCAUUAUUGUGUCAUUAUUGCUUAUCUCAACAUUUGGAUGGGUUGUGAAGAUUGAAAAUCAAUGCUCUUGCUCAUAAUAUCGACUUUAAGCUGAAUGUGUAUCAUCUCUAGGUUGUCGAUGGAAUAUAAACUCUAAUUUAUGCCUUGAUAUUUAAUGUAAUUCAAUAAAAACUCAAGCUGAAUGCCUUUAGUACUCAUAAAGUUGUUCAUUUAAUUACUCUACAUUAACUUGCGCAACAUUUACUUCAUGUAAAAAUUUAAGCGGAAAUACUGUCUCAUAAUGUUAAAUUUAGAAUCCUAUGUGUUUAUGGGUAUCUGGGAAUUCUUGCAUAGAUUACGAUUGUCAAAAUUUCAAUUUGAAUAGUUGCCCUUAAUUUUGUAUUAAUACAGGAACUGCUUGUGAAAAUUUUCCAACAUGCGAAAAAUUAAACUAAACCUAUUGUUCAAUUUAUUCUGGAGUUUGCAAUUGGAAUUCAAACAGAUGUCAGAAUUAUGAAUGUUCAAAUUUUGUAACUAUAUCACAAUGUCAAUUUGUAAUGGAAUCAGAAAAUACUAUUAAACCAUGUUAUUGGAACUAAACUUAGUGUAUAAAUGCUCCAGAUGCAAGUGUUUUUAAUGCUAAUUAGUGCUUUAUUUAAACUGCUGGUAAGUAUCAUUGGUCAAGUAACAACUCUACAGCUGGAACAUGCGAAUAAUGUUAUGGUUCUUCAUAAAUUUACGAGCCAUUGACAUAGUAUCUUUCAAAAGGUUUGAUUCUGAACAUUAUUGUGGUUGGUAUAUUCAUGGUAAUAUGA